GAGGCCUCUGACGAACAAAAAAAGCCCAGCAAAGUCUGAAGUUAAUCUCAGCCGUCCGAUCAAUUCAUCUACCAUCGUGGUCAGAGAUCUUCUUCUUCGUCUCUCUCUCGUUUCUCAAAAAUCAAAAUCCCUUCCUCUCUCUCUCUCACCGAGCCGGCGAGCCCGUUCUCUCGGUGUUUUUAAAGAUGCUUAUGAUGAUGAUGGGGAGUGAGUAAUAUCAGAAAUCAAGCUUUUUCACAAUCUCAGAAAUUGUAGUAGAGUUUGGCGAUUUUAUCAACCUCCGGAACAAGCUUCUUCUUCUUCGUUUUACUCUUGUCAUCCGUAAAUGGGUUGUUUCCAUUCCACGGCUGCCAGAGAAUUUCCCGAUCACGAAAACCCUGUGAAGCUUGCUUCUGAGACUGCUUUUAGUGUUAGUGAAGUUGAAGCAUUGUAUGAAUUGUUCAAGAGCAUAAGCAGCUCGGUUGUUGACGAUGGCUUGAUAAACAAGGAAGAGUUUCAACUUGCUUUGUUCAAGAACAGAAAGAAAGAAAAUUUGUUUGCCAAUAGGAUAUUUGAUUUAUUUGAUGUUAAACGAAAAGGCGUAAUUGAUUUUGGAGACUUUGUGAGAUCACUCAAUGUUUUCCAUCCUAAUGCUUCCCUAGAGGAGAAAACAGACUUUACCUUUAGGCUUUACGACAUGGACUGCACAGGCUUCAUUGAGCGCCAAGAGGUGAAGCAGAUGUUGAUUGCACUUCUCUGCGAAUCUGAAAUGAAACUGGCUGAUGAUACAAUAGAGAUGAUACUUGAUCAGGUUUACUUGUUGUCUAUUACAAGUUUGUUUUCUGUCAAAAGAAAGACUGUUUUAUGAAACUCGAGUUUUUUUUUCUUUUCGUGAACAGACAUUUGAGGACGCAGAUGUGGAUCGGGAUGGAAAGAUUGAUAAGACAGAAUGGAGCAAUUUCGUUAUCAAAAACCCAUCUUUGCUUAAAAUCAUGACUCUUCCGUAUCUCAGGGAUAUAACGACGACAUUUCCGAGUUUCGUAUUUAACUCGGAGGUGGACGAGAUUGCGACGUGAAAGAGACAAGACAAGCUGGUUUAUAGAGACCAAGUCGUAGGCUGGACCAAGAAUAAAAAGAAGAUUGAUUCCAACAAUGUUAUAUAGCAGGAUCGAGCUCUAUUUCCUUUGGAAUUUUUAGUCUAUUGGAUUUCAAUUUCAUGUAUUGCGAUUACUUUUGGCUCUCUUUCUUUAACAGUUUUGAAUACUCAAGUUGUAGUUCUACGAAAAGAUUAAUAUAAAACCACAAUUUCUGAUUAAAGAUUUGAUUUUGCUC